AUGGACGCUGCUCCUGGUCCUGAUGCUGCGGCGAGUGAUGAUGACGAUGGACACGAAGCAUUUGAGAAGUACAGGAAUCCUCGUGAUUCGACAGCGACGUUGCCGAGUCCGAAGGAGUCUUCAGUUUCCAUACAUAACACACGCACGGAUAAAGAAGAAGUUGACGAUAGAGAAGUAGCAUCCAAUGGACUAGCUGCCUCGUCCCCGGCUGGUCUCGAUAUCGACGGCUGGCGGCUCGAUUCGGAUGAUAACAGUGACGCAGGAAGGACUGAGCCGGUGGAGAAGGAGAUUGAGAACGCUAGAAAGCAGGGCGAAGCGAAGGAGGACGUCGUGGCGGGUCUCAGAAAGCGUAAAACUCCUCCUCUUCAGACUGAGGAGCGAGAGAUGAUGGAAAUUGCUCAGCACCGCGCGGCGAGGGUGAGGGAGCGUUCGAGGACUGAGAGGUAUAGACGGAAGACUCUUGUGGCUAAGGCUGCUGAUACUCCUAUUACGGCCGGUAUACUACCGUGUUCGACGACGAAGUUGACGAUGCCUCGGGAACCGAAGUUGCACACGACAGCUCGGGCUGCUGGGAGUGGUCAGACUCCGAGGAUGGAGACUCCAACGGAUGGGGCCGACCAGGUUGACGGUCUGGCUGUUGCGGCCGAGAGAUUCUCCAGCCGCCUCCGUGAGGCUAGCAAUCCGAGAUGGACUGGGAAGCCCACGGUGAGUAGUUGGACUGUCGGUUAUCAUCCAGCUUAA